AUGGUUUCUGAAUUAUGGAAAUAUAUUGAUAAAGAUGAAGGGGAAAUGAUAGCGUGUGACCACCAGCCGAUUUCUAUCUUGGAGGAUAUAGGCUUUAAAAGGCUUUUACAUCAUUUAUGUCCAAAUUACAAAAUUCCCAAUAGAAAGUAUUUUUCGCAAGGAGUUAUUCCGGAUAUAUAUGAAAAACUCUCCGAAAAAAUUCGUAAAGAAAUUUUGGUUGACGAUUCUUUUUUAUCCUUUACGGUAGAUAUAUGGACUAGAAAUUCAGGUGGCGAUUCUCACAUCUCCUUAACAUGCCACUAUAUAAACCAAAAUUUUCAACAAAUUAAUAGAGUUCUAAAUGUUAAAACAUUUAAUGAGUCGCAUACAGCAAUAAAUAUUGCUCAAAUUUUAGAUGAAAUUAUUAAUUAUUUGGGUAUAAAGAAAAAUAAAAUACACCUAAUCAUUAGAGAUAAUGCACCCAAUAUAACUUUGGCCAUGAAAAAUGGGAAAUUUCAAAGCGUUUCGUGUUUUGCACAUAGUUUGCAAUUGGUUGCACAGGCAGCAAUUUUAUCACAGAGAUCUAUUAUUGACAUGCUUGCCCGGGUUAGAAAAAUAGUAGGACACUUUAAACAUUCUUCUAUUGCACAAAAUUGUCUAAAAGAAAUCCAAAUUCGAUUAAGUCUAGCCCAGCACAAAUUAAUCCAGGAUGUGCCCACCCGUUGGGAUUCUACCUAUUAUAUGCUCGAAAGAUUGAUAGAACAAAAAAGGGCGGUACAGCUGUUCAUUAUCGAUAAUCCUAAUUUGGGAAAUCUCUCAUUAUAUGAGUGGGAAUUAGCAGAAAGGGUAAUUGAUGUUCUUGAACCAAUUCAGAGAGUAACAAAAGAAAUAAGUACGGAAUCAUGUUCAAUUAGCAAUGUUAUACCCUUUGUUGAAAUUCUGAAAAGUGAAUUAACAAUUAAUGGGGACACAGAUAGAGAAAAGCUCAGGACUGCAUGUGAGUCUUUUUUUAAAGGUGAUGAUAAUGUUCAACUUCCAAUUUCUAAUAAAGAUUCGCCAGAAAACUCGAAUAACAUUGAUGAUAUUGAUAUUAUAUUCCCAGUGAAUCCACUUGAAUAUUGGAGAGUUAAUGCUGCAAAAUAUUCAACUUUAUCAACACUUGCACGUAAAUUUUUGGCUCCUCCAGCAACAAGUGUCCCAUCUGAGUCUGCCUUCAGUACGGCAGGGGAUAUUGAUAGUCCUCAUCGUAGAAGCCUAUUGCCUUAA